UAUAUUUACUCUGGUGGCGCGGGAGGAAGGAGUCAUCAGCCGAACCCUGCUGCGCCUCGGGCCUCGUGGGAGGGGCUUGGAGGGAACCCUGGCUGGUUGGCCCCUCCCUGAGCGGGGCAUAUCUGUGUGUUGUCCCUGGCGUGCUCAGAGCUCUCAGCUGGAUGGGACCAAAGCCUCAUCGGCCCACAGACUCACAGAGAGGAGAGGAGGCAGAAAGCGGCUCUCCACAGCUCUUUUCCUCCAUGAGGCAGAGCGGGCCUCUUCUUCUUCGUCUGGGCAGCAGCGGAGGUCGCCAGGGUCAACGUCAAGGGGGCUGCUUUUUGCGACCUGCAAGCGCUGGAACUGUACUGUGAACAUUAUGACUCUGCUGGGCUCUGAGCACUCCAUCCUCAUACGAAGAAAGUUCAGAUCAGUGUUACAGUUCAGACUUCAGCAGAGGAGGGCACGAGAGCAGCUGGUAGACCAGGGCAUCAUGCCUCUGAACCAUGGUAAGUUCCCAAAGCAGGAAGACUCGUACGCCUUUGAGGAGGACAGCAGCAGUGAGAGUCUGUCUCCAGAGCAUCACCACAGUGACGAGUCUCAGGGCUCAGCCUGCCCUUCGUCUGAGCCUGUCGGCAGCACCGCCUCCUCCUCCUCCUCACCUGCCCUUACCAACGCACAACUGGGCGGAGCCAGCAGAGACCCAGCUGAUCAAGAUCAGGAAGAAGGUUUGUCUGCUGGCAACAACAGCCAGGCGAGUCCCCCAGUACCAGCUUCCACAAUAACCAAGUCCAAAACAUCAGACAAGAACCGACACAAAAAACCCAAAGAUGUGAAGCCAAAGGUGAAGAAGCUCAAGUACCACCAGUACAUUCCUCCCGAUCAGAAGGCAGAAAAGUCCCCUCCUCCCAUGGACUCGGCGUACGCCCGCCUCCUUCAGCAGCAGCAGCUUUUCCUGCAGCUGCAGAUCCUGAGCCAGCAGAAACACUCUCAGUCGCAGCAGCAGCAGAAUGCUCUUACCCCGCAUGGCCACCAGAGGCAGCCCACCUUCAGCUACCAGCCUCACCCACAUUCCCACUCGCAAAAAGCGGCCAGUGAGCAGAUAUCAGCUUGUAACUCAGGCGGUUCCUCCCCGAUCAAGAAUACGUAUCCUAACCAAAGCAGUGUCUCACCCGUCAAACCAGGACCACUUCCAGCCAAUCUAGACGACCUGAAGGUUUCUGAGCUCAGGCAGCACCUGCGUAUCCGUGGCAUGCCUGUCUCAGGCACAAAGACCGCCCUGAUUGAGCGGCUGCGACCCUUCAAGGACCCAAAUGUAGAAGCAUCACCCACAGGGUCCUCCGACAUUGCCACCUUGACCUUCCCUGUCACUCCCUCUGGGUCUUUAUGCUCAUACCAGUCCCCUUCCUCAUCCAGCACUCUGUCGCAGGGGGGCUACUACCCCUACCCCAGCACUUCGUCCACCCCACCCAUCUCUCCAGCCUCCUCAGAGCUGUCUCUCAGCGGCUCACUACCAGACAGCUUCAGCGACGUUCCCAUGUCCUCACCGACGCAGUUCGGCCUGCAGCCAUCCCCAGUGCAGUUUGGCAUGGAGGAUGGCCACGGGGGAGUAAGCAGUCUUGGUGGGGAGACACAAAGGACGGGGGAGGGUGGAGACGCUGAAGGUGCGGAAGCUGACAAAGACAAGAUGCUGGUGGAGAAGCAGAAGGUGAUCGAUGAGUUGACGUGGAAGCUUCACCAGGAACAGAGACAGGUUGAGGAGUUGAAGAUGCAGCUUCACAAGAGGAAGCGCUGCUACGGAGCAACACAUGACACCAUCCCUCCUCCAUCUCACUCCUCAAUGCUCCACCAGCAGCAAACUCCAGCCAUGAUGGGCCAACACUUCUUUGGGGUGACGGUCAAGCAGGAGUCCGUGUCUUCAAGCUGCCCUCUGUCAUCUCCAAAGCAGCUCAAGAACCCUCCUGAUGCCUGCAUGGAGGGCAUGGGACACUGCAACAACUCCAUCACAACCUUGGGGUGUCCCGCGGGUCCACAGUGCAUGGAAACAGGCCUCUCCGCUGGCAGCCCCUCCACCAUGUCUGCCUUCCUCAGUCCACAGUGCUCCCCGCAAGAUUCUCCCAUCAGAAAACCAUCCAGUCGCUCACAGCCUUCGUCUCCCAACAACUCCUACCUGCUGACUCCGUCGAUGGGGAGAGACGGCUGCAGUCACCCCCAAAGUCAUAGCAGCAACAGAGCACGCAACAUGCAGAUGCAGCAGAGGAGUGCUGUUCAGCAGGGGAACUGCUCUUUUUCCUCGGACCAAAGAAGCCUCCAGGCGGUCUUUCCUGGUUCUGCUGACUGUGGUCUCAACCCCAACUGCUCAACCAAGGCAGAGAGCCAGAGCUUACAACCAAAGAUGUCAAUAUUGCCGUCUCCUAGGCAUCUUGGCCAAAAAUGCCAGGUCUGUCCCCCUGCCUUCCAUAGCUCAGAUUCAGAUGACUUAAGACAGCCCCCAUGCUAUGAGGAUGCAGUCAAGCAGCAACUGACCCGCAGCCAGCAAAUGGACGAGCUGCUAGAUGUGCUGAUAGAGAGUGGAGAGAUGCCAGCUAAUGCCAGAGAAGAAAGGGAGAAGUCCUCUGUAACCAAAGUUGUGCCUCACAUUACUGUGUCCCCAGGGUGUCCCGGUGUGCUCAUCCCGAGGUUCCACUGGCACUACGACCACCACUCCCCUGUCCAGUUCCCUUAUGACCAUGCUGCCAAUCACAACACUGAGAGCCAUCUGCAGACAUUGCUCGGCAAUUCCGUUGGUCGAGCAGGAGAAGUGAGCACGGGAAAAAUGACUGAAGGAGACCGAAGCCAGGAAGAUGAAAGGAACAGAGAGGCUGACGGUUACAGCAGCCCCCAAAGCCAUCACUGUCACCCUCAUCAUCUGGAGCAGGACAAGCUCCUGACAAACAGAGAUGUGAUGGACAGUCCUCUGUCUCCUGUUGGCAACAAGAUGUCAUCCAUCCCUGAGGUCCAAGGCAUGGUCAGCAUGACCUUCAGCGAGACACCAUGGGAGACUAUGGAGUGGCUGGACCUGACACCACCCAACUCCGCCAACGCCUUCAGCGUGGCUCAGCCCAAUGUGCCCAGCAUUUUUAACACAGAAUUCCUGGACGUUACAGACAUUAACUUGAACUCUGCCAUGGACCUUCAUCUGGAGCACUGGUGAAAGAAAAAACAAACACGGUCAUCAAAAGUCUGGUGGCUUAAAGCAGCUAUGACAAUCCCUUAGAACUAUUGAAUUUCACCAAUUCAAGCCUCAGUCUGAGUUGCAAAAAAGUCCUUACUGACAUCUAAAGGUUGAUGGCCAUCAGAAUGUGUACUACAGAGUGAAUUUUGACCUUUAAUGGCAUGAUAUUUGCAUGCUCUUGUCAUAUCCUGAAACCAAUGAGCAACCAAUGGAUGACAAUGAGCAAGACUGGCAAUGACGGUAACUUAACAUUUUCUACGCUAUCAGUAUUACACCAUUUAGACUUGAAGACACAUUUGGACCAUUUAUUUUCUGAGUGUUACUGGAAAAAAUCCCUUCAUGAUAAAAUUAUUGUCCAAAUUCAUUGGCCACAAAUGUAAAUACCACAACCAAACGUAUCGACAGACGAGCUGACACCGAUACACUUUGUCAGUGGUGUGGGAGAGGACAAGAACCAUCAAUCGGAUGUUUUAAGAAAUCUGUAAAUAUAAACAAAAUGUACUGUGCACUUCUGGCUUUGUACUCCUUCACAGUUUGCUUGACGUUAGUAUGUGUAUAGAAAUGUUUCUAAGCUUUUGAAGAAACUUGAUCUAUUACUCUUUACUAUUCACUUUUUUUGUCACAGGUUAACAUUUUGGAGAGGAAGUGAGAUUUCCAAAAAAAUAAUCGGUCUUAUGAAUUUUAUUUGUUAUUAAGCUGAGCCUUAUUUGCUGAGUCCCUUUAUAUGGUUUUUUUAAUGCAACUAAAGCCAAACCUGACAGGCACGACUAUGAAACACAAUUUUUUGAAAAAGUUUUAAACAAAUCAAUAAACUUCGGAUAUUUAAAUUAAGCCUUUUUUAACUUCUUUUUUUUUACUUGUGGAGUCACAAACACCAGCAGGCUUGCUUUAAGACCAAUCCUUUAUUGUUUGAAUAGAUGUUUAUGCAUGAUCCUGUUUGACAUUCCUUUUGACUGUCCUUUUUGAUAAACCAGCAAAACUGAGGAGAAACUUCCAUAUAAACUAGUUUUUAUAUACAACACAGUAGGAUGAACAACACUUCAUUUAUGGCCUGUUCAUCCUACAGUUCUUUGUUACCUGAAGAAGAAACAUUAUUCUUUUAUUUUUAUUUAAUGGGAUUAACCCACUGUAAGUAUUUGUAUUCAAACUAGAAUAGUUCCAAUCAUUUUGUAGAGUAAACUUCAUCCUAGCCAUAUUAAAACAUUCAAUACGGUCAAAGUUGUGACUCAUUAUAAUAAAAAUGAUCUCAGAAAGUAACUAACAGUUUUUAAGCCUGUUCAACAAAAACAACUAGACAGACAAUCAUUAAUGGGCAACCACCUUUACAGAGUCACUUCAAUAUUUAUUUACAUUUGACCUCAAAAAGGUGUCAGAUCCAGUCCAGGCCUCGAGGGCCGGAGUCCUACAUGUUUUCCACCCAACCUGCCAUUGCAGCUGCUUAUCGGCUAAACACACCUGGAAAAACCAGCAGCACACUGGCCCUUGAGGCUUGGAUUUGGGUACCCCUGUAAAAUUUUCUAAACUCCAGAUUCCCAAUUUCUUAAAUGAUAAAAUAAAGUGUAAUAAUAAAGUGUACAGAUGUUGAUUGAUAACCUUCUGUCAGUCUCCACCUGCAGCUCCGAACUGCAAAUACCUGAAAUGACAAAACUGUGAAUUAAAGUAACUAAAAACGUGCUUCUGAAGGUCAGCUUGGCUAAUCUUCAUCCCAUCCAAAUGAUCAGAAAAUACAGGGUGGCUACGGCUAACAUUGUUUGAAAAUAUGCUUUUUUUUACGUGAAACUCAACCUUCAAACCUUUAGGGAUGGUUCUGUUUUAGUUAAAAAUGUUUCAAAAUGAAGAAUUGUAAUUGCGUGUUAACAUGGCUACAACACAGACCGAGAAAAGAAAGCGAACUUUUGAGAAUGUAUCAUAUGGAUAUUAUUGAUAUUGGUGCCUUUAUUUCACAUUUUUUAUCCCUGUUUGUCAUUUUCAGUACAUAAAUGAGGUUUACAAAAAUACAUUUCUUUUAGUUCAUUUUUGUUAAUUUGCCAAAAAAAUACCACUUUUUAUAUUGACAACUUUUCUACCAUCAGUUUUGCUCUUAAAGACAAUCUCUUAAAAUUCAGAGAUCAGCAGGUGUAUUAGAAAAUACAGUGAUCUGAUCUGUUGGACAAGAAAGGGCGGAGCUAAAAGGGACAGACGUCAGCUUCAACCUCUUCCAGUAGUCUGAAUGUUGGUGACGAAAGCACCAAACCAAACAUUUGAGAAAAUGAACAGUCCAAUUUCAGACAUUUCGGUUGGCCUUAGGUUGUCUCUAAAGAUGAAAUGUUAUUUCUAUUUGUAAAAGCAGACCGCAGCAGCAGCCGUAGCGGUCUAUAAACUGCCAUUGUGGUGUGACAUUCAGUCAGGACUUACUUCCUGUAAACUGUAUCCAUCGAGCCAAUAUAAAAGUAAUACAACUGUGACAGCAGUUUCCCAGAAUAAGAGUGUACGGCAUUAGUUUCCUCUGAAAAACACAUUUCAAUGGCGUUUUGUGUAGACGAUUUAUUGUUUUUUUUAAAUACGAGUUAUAUGGUUUGAUGUCAAAGUUCAUAUUUUACUACUUGUCUUAUCGUGUAAAUGUUUUUGUGCCAUCUUGCAUUCAAUUUGACAGGAGCUUCCAUCCGGCUUUGGCUCCAUUUUUGCUUUGCUUUUUUUCAAAAACCAGCAUUUUUAUUUGCAUCCUUGUAUAUGACAGAAAGAUGAGCAAUAAAUCCAUCACAGCUUUAAAUCA